AUGUCGAUUGGAGACCAGCUGAGGAUAGCUAGCUGGUUGUCCCGACUUCCCAACACCUCACCACCUUGCCCGUCUUCCGCGCCUCCAUCACCCCAAUCCCCGACUCUUCCAGCUGCUGGCAAGCUUCAGAGCGUGAAGCGCAAGGCAUUACAGGAUCCUUCAUCACCCGUAAGCCAUAAAAAGCCACGGUUGACACAACGCCUCACUCGUCAGGCUCUUCGCUCCAUCACCGCCAACAUGAGCAAGAGCAAGCAAAAGGUCGCUGAGCUGAGAUCCUCCACUCCCGUCAAAUCAAUGCCUCCUCCCUCUACUCCCUACAAGCCUCAAUCCCCCCUACGACCGCCAAGCCCAAUCCUCACAAGUCGAGCUCGACGGCCUCGAAGCAGCAACUACAGCCACCUUAGCCAGCACAAUCGUCUCCACCGAAUCCCGGAAACAGACCAAGAAUGCUCGCUCGAUCCGAACAUCUCUCGAAGCAAAUGGCAUGUGGUACAAUACAACCGGGCGGCUAGAGAGCUACCCGGCUUUUAA